ACCACGUGGGUACGAAUGAACAGAUUUUCUCCCAGUGGGCGCCACCUGUUUGGCGAAUUAAAAGCACGAAGAAUCGUUCCUUAUAAAUAUGUGAUAUUGUUGUCAAUGUGGAAACGGAUAAAAUAAGUGAGCAAUAAUGAGUGAUAUUUGACGAUGUGCCGUGGCGUGUGGCGCGCGGUUAUGUCAAAAUUGUGUGGACACAUUAACGUGCUAACAAUGCGUAUCCGAUUGACCUAGUUUUCAAUGGAUUUUCGUUUAAUUGUGGAUCUUAACUAUGAUUCUGAAGUGACUGCACUGGGAGUUGGUGGCCGAGAAGGUAUCAACCUACCGCUAGUAUUCAUACCAGAACAUCGUCGUUUAUGGGGGACACAAUAAAUUGUUAUUCAUAAUCUGAUACAAAUGCGUUACCACCUCGUCAGUUUAAGAUGGUUAAAUGAACAGUGGCUGAAUUAACGUGCAACCAAAAAAAGAGAAAAAAGAAAAACCACCUGGUUUUAGAGGAAUCGCUCCAAAAAUCUGAUUCGGGAACUAUAGAUAAUAGUACAUUGACCGCACUAAUCAAGAACCCUUGCUCAACAUGCCACACGUUACAAGAAAGUGGGAACUCUUUCCUGGCAGAAAUAUAUUUUGCUGCGACGGACGAGUUAUGAUGGCGCCACAGACCAGCGUCUUUUACGUCACUGUGUGUUUGAUCGCUGGGACUAGCGGAUUAUUCUUUGCAUUUGACUGUCCCUUCUUAGCAACCAACAUAACUCCUGCAAUACCGGUCAUUGGUGGGUUACUCUUCAUAUUCGUCAUGUCUACACUGUUUCGAACAAGCUUUAGUGAUCCUGGUGUCAUUCCGAGAGCGACACCUGACGAAGCUGCGUACAUAGAGAAGCAAAUUGAAGUACCGAACACUGAUAACUCACCAACAUACCGUCCUCCUCCUCGGACGAAAGAAGUUUUAGUUAGAGGACAGCCGGUGAAAUUGAAAUACUGUUUCACUUGUAAAAUAUUCAGGCCACCUCGAGCCUCGCACUGUAGCUUAUGUGACAACUGUGUGGAAAGGUUUGAUCAUCACUGCCCAUGGGUUGGAAACUGUGUGGGGCGAAGAAAUUACAGAUACUUCUAUGCCUUUAUUGUAUCGCUGGCGUUCCUAUGUGUUUUUAUAUUUGCUUGUGCAAUCACUCACCUUAUAAUGCUCACAAGAGAUAAUAUAGCGUUCCUAGAUGCUGUAAAAGUAUCUCCUGGUAGCGUCGUCGUGGGUGUCGUUUGUUUUUUCUCCGUUUGGAGUAUUUUGGGACUUGCAGGGUUCCACACGUACCUGACAACUAGCAAUCAAACUACAAAUGAAGAUAUAAAAGGUUCAUUUACCAGUAAAAGGGGGCAGGAAAGUUUUAACCCAUACAGUCAGGGCAAUGUGUGUGGAAACUGUUUCUACGUUUUGUGUGGACCAGCACCUCCAAGCCUUAUUGAUCGAAGGGGCGUAGUGACUCCGGAAUAUAGAGCGGAGCAAGAAAGAGGCGGAGAUGAAAAUGUUAUCGUUAAUAACAAAACAUAUGGCACUGUUAAAACUGUACAGCCGCAGUUGAAUGGCACCGGCGUAUUCACAAAUCCAAACAGCGAGGUUUCAGGCUCAAUAAAUAAUUUGAGUACUGGUCAACACUCACCGUCUCAAGGUCGACGGAUAGAAUCAAUCAACGGUAGCACUACAAAUAGCGUAAGCCAGCUUGUCACCAACGAAAUCCCCUUAGCGUCACUUAGCUUGAUGCCACUGGAUAUCGAUGAAGUAGCACCAUUACCUUCUCGUCAGAAUACUACGUCAAUAGACACAUCGAUUAUCCCACCUGUAGCUGUAACAACACCAUUAUCUGCGUCUAGACUCAGGCUGCUGCAGGAUACUACAAUGAUUGAAUCAGCGCUAGAUCUAGAUUCAUUGGAAGAAGCUAGCGUAGGUCGAGGUAGUCAAGCAGGUCUCAUUAAAUUAGGUGCAGUUUGAGUACAGUUCUAAGGUUAGUACUAUUACAAUUCGUUAUUACUACUUAGCUAAUAUGCAGGUAAUUGUUCAGAAGAGGUAUUAUAACAUAGAUACAGUCGGAUAUUAAAAGAUAUUUUUUUUUUCAAUCAUAUUGCAAUGAUGAAAUGAAACUUAAUCAGAAUAUUCAUAACUGGCUGAUAAUUUCAUCAUCGAUCUAUUACUUUACUAGAAUGUUUUUUGAAAUGAACAAUUGAAGGGUGUUACCUGAUUGAAGGAAUAGCACCUGUGGUGCACUAUAUUUUCUUACAAAAUGAUAGGUUUGCCUAUAGUGUCACAAUUUAGAAAUGAUUGCAGUAGAAAAUAAUUUUCGAAAAUGAUUUCAGCAUCUAACUCAAUGAAUCGUUCUGAGACAUAUCGCUUUGUUAUGACACAAAACGGUGCAGUGAAAAUUCACAGUUUUAUUACCUUCCAUACUUCAAUAAUUCUGAAUUUUAUACGUACAAUGAACCGUUUAGUAUCUGAAUCUUCCAGAAUAUUACAAUUAUCUGAAACUUGAAAAUAAUACAUUUCUUGUUGUAGAAUAAACUAAGAUACGUAUGUUAGAGCCGAUACCCUCCAUUGGGUUCGAACUGCCUGAAAGGUUCAAAUUGUUAAAUGAUUAAUAGAAUUAAUAACUUUCAAUAAGCGACAGCCCUUCUUGACAAUCACCCUGUUCCAUAAUCGAGGUCUAAUUGAUUGAAAUUGCUGGAGCUUUCUGAAUAAUAUCAGAGCUUGUACAAUGGCGAAAUUUUCGUAGUAAUUUCGGGUACGGAAAAUGGGGUAUAAAGAUUUGAAGAAGAGCGGAUUAUUUUUGUAAGAUAAUUGUGCAAUUUUAUAUAAAUUCUUUGUUAGAUAUCAUUGUCAUAGAUGGUGACGUAAAUACGUUGCGAUUUGAAUCAAGCUGUCCUUCCUUGUUUUCAAUGAGCACAUAGUAACUUGAGAAGCCAUUGCGAAGAUGAAUUAACGUGAUAUCAUUUAACAUUAGUCGAUAGUAUACAUAAUAUUACGAGCUUUGCGUUUAAUUCCAGACAUCUAAAGUUCCAAUUGUCAAUUUGCAUGGUUCUGGUAGAUUUUCGUAACGAAUGUGUUGAUAAUAUUUCUUUCGUAACAUGACACUGAAAAGAAGAAAAAUUCU